GUUCAGCCCCCGGAACUCUAGCCAAUGGCAAAGCAGGACGAUGGGCUCGGAUUGGCGCCUAUUCUCGUCCACAAUUGAUCUCGUUAAAUAUAAAUUGACUAAAAUAAUAAUGUCAGAAGUCAGUUUAUCUGGUUAAGUGAAGCUCGUAGCAAUUGUUUUAUUGAAGGAAUUAGCGAUAAAUUGAUCUAGAUUGCCGUGAUUGCGGUAUCAAUUAACCACUAUGGAAGGUGCGCCGUUCGACGAUCAGCCCUUCGAUUACAACAAUCAACCCUUGCCGUCUCUGGCUUCGACUUUGCUCAGCAAAAACCACCAGGAGAACAUCAACGUGCACUCCAUCCAGGUGAUGCUGGGGCUGCAGCAGCAUCAGCAGGAGAUGUUUGCCGGUCUGGGGUCCCCCCAGAAGCUGGAGGGGUCGCCGCUGCACCACCAGGAGCUGGGGAUGUAUUCGCCUGGGUUGGAGGGUGUUAAUGGGAGUGGGGGGAUGAAGAGGAAAAAUGAGGACGUGGUGCUUUUGCAGUCGCAGAAUUUGAGUUCUUCGGAGAUAGGGAGCAGCCAGGGGGUCAGUACCACGACGACGACGACGAAGAAGAAUGAUAAGAAGAAGAACGAUAAUGGGGUGAAGAAGAAAAAGACGAGAACAACUUUCACAGCAUUCCAACUCGAAGAAUUGGAAAGAGCCUUCGAACGCGCCCCCUACCCUGACGUCUUCGCCAGAGAAGAGCUCGCCCUCAAACUCAACCUCAGCGAGUCGCGAGUCCAAGUCUGGUUCCAGAACCGCCGAGCCAAAUGGAGGAAACGCGAACCUCCACGCAAAACCGGCUUCAUCAGCACAGCAUCUUCCAGCUCCAACCUAACCACCAACUUCAACAACCCCAUACCCUUCACGCAAGCCAACGCUCUACCCGCGUCAGUUCCCGCGGACUCCUGGAGCUACCAGCCCUCCUACGACCUGAAUUCCCACUUGAGCCUUCUCAACAACCCGUCAGGAACCUACUCCAGCUUCGGGUCCCCGGCCUCGUACUCCAGCUUCGGCUCCGCGCCCAACAACUACUCCUACACGCUGAACGCGCACGAAGCGCAGUUGUUUAGCGGGCCUAUGCGCAGCCACGAGUACUCCACGCCUCCCGCCAAUCAGAGCCCGCCGCUCGGCCGGGAGUAUUCCAUGCUGCAGACGCAUUCGCCGAGCGCGGACGAGAAUUCCAUCGGGGUUAAGAUAGAGUACGUGGAUCACAACACGCUGAGUCAGUCGCCGGAUUGGUACGAGCACGGGUCGCCUAAGCACGAUCAGGGGUACCACGAGGAUGGUAGGAUCAAGGAGUUGAAGCCCGAUGGUAACGGUAACCAGACUUACGUGACGUUGCCCCCUUUUCGGAAUUAGCCAAAAUUGUUAAGAGACACUAUUUUUGAGUGGAUUUGUUUGUAUAUAUUCCUUGAGUAUGAGCAAUAUAGUCAAAAUAUUUUUAUUAGUACAAACUCAUAUCGGUUUGUUUUUUGAAUGUAGGAAUCUGAAUUUAUUAUUUUUGGAACUGCAUCAUUCAUAAACUUAGUGUGAAACUUCCCAGCAAUGAAUCAUCUAAUUAAUAGUGGGUAUAUUACGUAAUAUGUGUUGUAAGAAGCAUAUUAAGCACGAAUGGCAAAGUUACCAGGUAGCCGCGGAGUGGCGAGUGCGAAAUUCCAUGAAUGCGUAAUUGCUUUACAACACGCAUUACGUACUAUACUUUACCUACUGCCAUAUAGUACAUCAAAAAAGUUUGUGGACAAACAGUCUGAAUUAUAAUUCUUGACAGUUAUGUCAUCCGCUCUUGACGGCGAUUACAUACCUAUAUACUGGCGGAAUAAACGAAAACUGUGCGAUGUGCUCACUGUGCGUAAAAAGCUACUGUAUGUAUGUAUGUAUGUAUGUAUGUAUGUGUGUGGGCGGUCCGGGACCUGACGCACUUAGGCCUCCCUUUUCGGGCCCAUUGUGCACCAACAUUCCUGGGAUCGCAAGUCAGCCAUGGAGAAGGCCGAUCUCGCGAGCAACUUUCUAGGCCAAAUCUUUUUAACAUCCUCUGGGUCCAGGAUACUGCACCCAAAAUGGAUAUCCCUUGCUGCCACUACUGCCGGGCAUUCAGUGAGGAUGUGAGUAGAAGUCUCUUCAUCCUCUAGGCACCAUCUGCAUUCAGGAUCCUCCACAAUCCCGAUCGUGCUGAGAUGUUUGUUCAAGUGGCAGUGCCCUGUCAGAAGGCCAACCACCAGUUUCAGCUCCUUCAUGUUCAAAGCCAAGAGGGCAUUGGUCUGUCUUCGUGACGGGUUUCCUAUAUAGAAUUUGGACUGCCUCAUUCCAGGAGCCUUUCUCCAGCUGUCCUGAAACCUUUCCGUCAGGAUUUCCCUCAUCCUGAAAGUUGCUCCAGGAUCGAGUGACCCCUAAGAUUGGCUCUGGGCCAAUCACUGAACCCUUCGCCCCCUUUCUGGCCAGACCAUCGGCCAUUUCGUUACCUGUUACCCCUGAGUGUCCAGGAACCCACAAAAGACAUACUUUGUUCGUUGCUGACAGCCUUUGUAGGCUAUUUAUGCACUCUGACACCAAGGCGGAGGUCACCCUAUAGUAUAGUAGUAUAGUAGAUAGUAGUAGUAAAUAGCUACUUACUGAGGCUGUAUCUCGUGUGUUCUUGCCUAUUUUCCAUAGUGGCCGUAGGUAAACAGAAGAAUUGUUGUUUUAUUAGAACAAUGAACCAGCAAAAGUUGCUUUUUAUAUAUGCUUAUGAACACUCUUACUUACGUAGAUACAAAAAUAGAAGAUAACCAUGACGAAUAAUCAACAACAAAGCAAUGUUCAAUUAUUCAAUUACC